AUGGAUAAAUUAACUCAAUCCUCUGUUAUACUUAUUGUCGACCAUCUGUCGGAUGCUAUUGAUGUGUUGUCAUUCGCAUUGACAUGUAAGGAACAUUAUGGUCAGUUGUACAAUUGGAGACGUUGGUUAUCAAUUGUUGAAAGACAUGAGGAUGCCAGCAAGGGCAAGACAUCACCAUCACCACUAUCAACCUGGAAGCUUGAUGAUCAAACAAUGUCCGUUGCACCAGUCGUCCUUCCAGCCACUCUCACCAGAUUGGAGAUGGGCAAAGCCAUCAACGAGGCAGUCAAGGCAGACAGCUACCCUUCAACCUUGCAGGAGUUAAAGUAUGGAUUUAUGUUCAACAGACCCUUGCAGCCAGGAAUGCUUCCACAGUCCGUGACCGCUUUGGAGUUUGGCGCAGCCUUUAACCAACAUUUGGCCGUCGGUUCGUUGCCUUCCAACUUGGUCAAGCUCACAUUCGGUGAGAAGUUUGACAAGCCACUUUCAUCCAAGGUCUUGCCAGAGACUCUCAAGGAGUUAACUCUUGGUUACAACUUUAACCAAGCAUUUGAGGCUGGUAAUCUGCCAGAGGGCCUCCAGCAUAUCACUUAUGGACAGUUCUACAUGCAGCCACCAACCAAUCUUCCAUCGAGCAUCACAUCACUCAAACUUGGCAACUACCAACCUUUGAGGAAGAAGGGAGAUACUUCACCAGAGGGUGAUUUGAUCCUGUCCAAGUUGCCAGCUUUGACCACUCUUCGUAUGGGUGAUCAAUUUAAUCAAUCAAUCGUCCCAGGAAUGUUGCCAACUUCACUCAAGUCACUCACCUUUGGACAGAUGUUCAGCAAGCCAUUGGAUGUUGGUGUGCUCCCAACUUCGCUCACCCAUUUAGACAUGGGCAUCAACUAUAAUCAUCCAAUCAAGAGUGGAACACUACCAGAGGGUCUCCAAAGAUUGAGUCUGGCCUUGAGUUUCAAUCAGUCCCUCGCUGAGGGUGGUGUCCUUCCAUCGACUCUCAGAUACCUUGAGUUUGGUGAUGAGUUCAAUCAGGAUAUUCCAGUGUUGCCAUCGUCAAUCACCUCUAUCAAGUUUGGAAUGGACUUCAAUACUCUCAUCAAACCUGGUGUGUUGCCAUCGUCAUUGGUCUCUCUCAAGUUGGGUGAGACUUACAAUCAGCCACUUGAGGCUGGUGUCUUGCCAGAGUCACUUCGUAUGAUUAGUAUUGGCCAAGGUUUCAAACAGCCUGUUGACCAGGUGGUCCUGCCCCAAGGUCUGACCAGACUUGUUAUCGCAAGUCUCAGGUCACAACACCAGUACAUUGCACUUGGUGCAUCGAUUAGGGCAUUGAAGAUCCGCGUUGAUGUGUCUCCAAAGAAUGAAGCUGCCAAGCAUGGUGAGCGUGUCAUCCCUCAGAGCAUCCAAGAUGUCAAGAUCAGCUUCAGUGUGUCACCACAAGGUGCCAAGGCCUACCUCCAAUCUUUGAUCAACUCCAAUGUCCACCUCACCAACUUCCGCAUCAACAUCCAAGGACAUGCAUUUGACUUCCGCUUCCUCGAUGGUUCAACAAGACAAUUGGCACUUUGUGUUGGACUUCUGGAGACAUCCGCUGGUGCACCAUCUUACAUGUACUCUUAUGUCAAUGUCACCAAGUUUCUUCAAACUGAUGAUGAGAUAUCAUUCAAGCAGCUCAACGAGUACUUCAAGGCUGAGUUUGAUGAGGAGGAUGAAGAGGAGGCUUUCGAUGAUGAGGUAGGCGUGUCACUGGCAGCAGUAGCAGUUACAUCGGAUAGUGAUAAAGAUGAUGAUGAGAGUGAGGAGAGUGAAGAGAGUGAGGAAAGCGAAUCUGAUUCAGAAGAGUCCGACUCUGAC